GCUCCGGGAGCCGGUGUGUGAGUGCGCGCGCGUGCGUGCGGGGUACACUGCGGGGCAUCGUUAUGGAUAGGUCGAACCUUCAGGCGGUAUGCGUCAUGGCGCUGACGACUGCCUUUCUGGCCCUACAGGAUCCCAAGGCAUUAGUUCAGGCGCAUGCGCCCCGAGCACGGGAGGUGCAGACGUACGUGGUCAUCCACCACCCGCCGGUCAAGGUGGCACAAGGCGCCACCGUCGCGCCUGGAGCUGCAGCUGGCACUCCGAGAGGCCAUCACGCAGCCGCCUCCUCGAUUAGCACUUCGUACGGCUACCAGCUCCACAGGGAGACGAACCACCAUGUGCCGGUACUCAUCACGACGGGACACAUUCCCGCAUUUGCCCGGGCACCGGGGCACAAGACAUACGUCACAGUGCAGCACCUGCACCAUGCCGUUCACCACCACCACCGACCACUGGUGCUUCUGCCGCCACAACCUCACCUGCCGGUGCACCACAGGAGGCGCGAGCGGCUCACGGCUCAGAGCUCGAGCUUCCGCCAAAAGCACAACGCGUACGUGCGCCUGCCGGACUACCCGGCCUACCUCGGCCGUAAUGCCGCGCUGAGUCUGGAGGAGGACACGCUGGCCGAAGCCGAAGCCGAGCCGACUCUCAAGGUGUACAAGGCGGACGCCGAAUACCCGCCACUGAAUUUGCGCAACCGAAGGAAGCUCUACUCUCUCGGAUACAUCUACAUGCUCGACUUCCUCGAGAACCCAUACCUUAAGCGCUGAACAUAUACUUGUUGUGUACGAGUGCAUCGACUGCCAAGAAGUUCCGCGAGCUCAGCAUGCGUUGAACGCACAGGGUGCCUAUACUGCCUAUGGCAAAUUUGUACGAAUACUCUCGCGAAAAGGCAGGUCAUAAGCCAUCGAUCUAUCGCGCGCGGCACCAGCGGGCGUUCCCUUCGCGGUGACGCGCGCCCGUCUUAUUCCGCGUGUUAAUUAAGUGAAAGUGUCAUUUGUGCAUGAUUCUUCCGACUGUAAAUCACGGUAUACUGCUCGCGUUCGAAUUUCGCUCUGAGAUGGUAUUUUGUGACUCAUGCAGUGUAACACCCUGUUUGGGCGCAUUACACUUGCCUGUUUUGCCCAGAAUAAACGGGAAGCACGCGUUUUCGUGCAAUGCCGACGUCAGGCAUAAAAUGUAGAAUUGGCCCGGAACGAUGGUGACGUCUGUGAACAUGGUACUCGCGUUGUUUUGCCAUUCCAGUGCGAGAUGGCAGCACCGUCACGCUCCCGCAGAUUAGACAUUUAUUUAUUUCUAUUUAUUUAUUUUUUGUCAGCCGUUGCCGUAGACAAGGCGUGCUCAUUUAUUCUGAAUUAAGCACGCAACUAUAAUGGACGGAAGCAUGAAAUCAAACUGCAUGCAUCACGAAGUGCAACUAUCUCUAUCAAAAAAUUUGAGUGCGAACGAGCCUGUCGCUUAGCUGGGAGAAUCAAGCACACUUGUCGCUCCCGUUUACGCAUAAUUCAGUUCAGUUCAUGUACUAUAUACACUGGAUGACGACACAGUAGGAUUCGCCGCGAAGUCGGCUUCCAAGCAUUUCACGUGCAACGUUGUUUUACUAUAGCUCGUGUACACUGUGUCUACUUACUCUACUUCUAUUGGCAUCGUCGGUGGGGUUUGCAAGUGAGGAAUCUCACAUCUCACACCGGCUUGUAAAUUCUAAGAUGACGGCCUCGGUCAAUAUUUUAUCAUGAAAGCAGUAGUGUAUCGGUAUUAUAUGUAAAUGUUAGUAGUUACUCUAAGGUCUUUCAAUAAGCUUUCAAAGUUGAAUGCAUGUGCACGUUUUUAAGGUUACAAUCUCAUAAUACAUGGAUCUUGACGUUAACUUCGGCUUAAACACUAUAGGUCACCGAUGCUGGCCCCUUGUAACCGUUGGUCAUAUCAUACGACCAUCUGUUCACCCGCCAUAUCGCGUCAUCAGUUUCACUCUACAGGUCGAUACUGCAAGGCUGUGUUUGCUCAACACAUAUCACAGGAGUCUGUCAGCAGCUGACACGUCAACACGCAACGAGAUGCUUCUUGCACAGCAAUGUUUGAAUGUUAGAAUACGGCGAAGAAAGGUUGGGGGGUUUCGGCUGAGACACUGGUUGCCCCUUCGUUGUUCGGCCGCGCAAGGCAAAUAUCACUGGCAGUAAAUCAAAGUAUUCUCCACAGCCGUGAAAUGAAACCUGUGCAUUACAUCGUUUACACCAGAGUUAUUUCAAUGUAGGCAUUUAGUUAAUCAUUUCUUACAGGCAACCGGAACAAAUUACUGCACUUACGGCAUCUAUAGGACAAGCGAACACGUAGGCGUGCCAAAUUGAGGUAUUUGUCAUUAUAAUAACUCGCAACUGUUGACGCCGAAAUUUUGAGGUCUCUAAAGCGUUACGGCCGUCACGCUAAACUUACGAACCUCUUCGCAUCCUUUCGACUGCAAGGCUGCGAACGCGUGACCAGACCUGAACCCCGCGACCAUGGAGUAUUCAUCCCACGACUUGAUAAGGACUUUAUAGCUGCCGAAGACGACGGUAACUGUCUUCGUCCUUCUCCGUGGCUUAAAUUACGCCUAAAAUGCCGCAAGGGCGCCACCAGAAGCACGAUCGGCAGCUUUGUUCAGACACACACCUUUACGUAAACUUCAGGAUAAGGCUGCGUAUUUCUGCUCAUCAACAUAAGCACGUUGUCCGCUUGGUGUACACUUCUCGCGAACGCCAAUAGCAAGACAGGCGCACUGCUAUUGUGCACCUGCUCCCUCGCACGUGAUCCGCACAGGAUCGGAGAAUGUUGUAACUUGUUGCGUCGCUUACUUUUUCUUCGCCUGGACUUAUUGGUGAUAUUUAUGUGCCCGGUUCUUCGGGGACCAACUUUCCCAGGUAUUACAUCAUUUAAUAAACAAUAACCCGUCCACGUGA